GAGGAAGGCCGGGGCGUGGGGCUCCGGCGGUCGGGAGGGCGGUCGGUAGCCAAGGCGAGCCCAAGAUGGCUGGAGGCAGCGGCGGCGGCAGGGGCAGGCGCGGGGGGCUGUGCUGAGCGGCCCCGCCGGGACGGGACGGCUCGGUUCAGGUUCGGCUCAGCUCGCAACCGCAGCCCAUCCGCAGAGCACCGCCGGGCGGGCUGGGGAAGCAGCGGGAGCGGGCUUUUUUUCCGGUGACUUUAUUUAAUUUUUUUUUAUUUUGCUUUUUGUUUUGUUUGGGUUUGUUUUUUGGUUGUUUUUUUUUACAAAUUAUUAUAUUUUUAAUGCAUCUCCGGUCUCCAGGAGGGCAGCUCAAAAUGGCUGAGGGCUGACGGCUCCCCCGGAGCCUUACGCUUCGGCCGGCUCCUCCCGGCUGCCCGCCGCCGCCUCGCCCCUUCCCGGGGACGCUGUGCCGGGGGAAGGCUCGGACACCCCUCCCUCUGCCCCGGCGCCCCCGGCUCCAUCGCAUUGUGUCCUUUGGGGGGCUGCGUCCCCCGGUCGGCCAUGAGAACGGGUUAGGUCGGACCCUCCCCCGCUCCCCGGACGCCUCUUUCCCUUCAGACCCGGUGGGAAGUCGGAGCAGGUUGAUUUAGAGGGUUUAGAUCCCCCUUGGCAAAGCCCGUCCUCUCUCCCAACCCUCUCAGAGCGCUGGAGGAGGCUGGCAGAGCUGCGCCGGGCAGGGGUGGCUCUGAAUGACCGAGCUCUCUCCCAUUCAAGACCUCGCAAUCUCUAAGCGGUCGAGAGGGGUUUUUUUUUCCUUUUUUUUUUUUUUAAACUCCUGUCUUUUUUUUUUUUCCCCUCCCCCCCUCUCUCCUUUUCUUUUUUUUUUUUCUGCUCCGACGGGCUAGAAGCAAAUUUCGGGGUCUGCAGAGAGAUUUUGUUUUUUAACCAUCAUCAUUGUCGCUAUUAUUAUUAUUUUUUACUCUUCCUCCUUUUCCCAUUUUGGAUCUUAACCCUUUGAUCUGUUUCCUUUAAAAGACUGAUUCCCAACUCCCAUCAGGGGGAGAGGGAGGAGAAAUACAGGGGAGGAAAAAAGCCCUGAGCCAGUCCGUGCUCUCAGCUGUUAGCCAGGUUAGUGGGGGACAAAAGUCCCUUUAAAAUAUUGAAUGUCAGUUGCAAACCUAAGAAAAGAAAAAUCCGAUCCGGAACGCUAAAUUUAGGAGCUUUAUAUGGAACUUGGACUCUGGUGCUGGAUUUUGUAUGGAUUUUUUUCAACCUUUGGGAGGACAGACCCCAGCGUCCGCCCCUAGACCGCACUGAGUGACCGAAGUGGGUGGGGGGAAACGUCGCCAAGAGACUGCCGGCAGAGAUGGCCGAGAAUUGGAAGAACUGCUUCGAAGAGGAGCUCAUCUGCCCCAUUUGCCUGCACGUCUUCGUGGAGCCGGUCCAGCUGCCCUGCAAGCACAACUUCUGCCGGGGCUGCAUCGGGGAGGCGUGGGCCAAGGAGUCGGGCUUGGUGCGGUGCCCUGAGUGCAACCAGGCCUACAACCAGAAGCCCAACCUGGAGAAGAACCUGAAGCUCACCAACAUCGUGGAGAAGUUCAACUCCCUCAACCUGGAAAAGCCCCCCUCCAUCUUGCACUGCGUCUUUUGCCGCCGGGGUCCCCCACUGCCGGCCCAGAAGAUCUGUUUGAGGUGCGAGGCCCCGUGCUGCCAAUCCCAUGUACAGACCCACCUGCAGCAACCUUCCACGGCCCGGGGCCACCUCCUGGUGGAAGCGGACGAUGUGCGGGCCUGGAGCUGCCCCCAGCACAACGCCUACCGCCUGUACCACUGCGAGGCCGAGCAGGUGGCCGUCUGCCAGUUCUGCUGCUACUACAGCGGGGCCCACCAGGGACACUCGGUCUGCGAUGUGGAGAUUCGCCGCAAUGAGAUCAGGAAGAUGCUGAUGAAGCAGCAGGACCGCCUGGAGGAGCGGGAGCAAGACAUUGAAGAGCAGCUCUACAAGCUGGAAUCAGACAAGCGGCUGGUUGAGGAGAAGGUAAGCCAGCUGAAGGAUGAGGUGCGCCUGCAGUAUGAGAAGAUGCACCAGAUCUUGGAUGAGGACUUGCGGAAGACCAUGGAGAUCCUGGACAAGGCCCAGGCCAAGUUCUGCAAUGAGAACGCAGCCCAGGUCCUCCACCUCAAUGAGCGCAUGCAGGAGGCCAAGAAGCUCCUCAGCUCUGUCCAGGUCAUGUUUGACAAAACUGAGGACAUCAACUUCAUGAAGAACACAAAAUCUGUGAAAAUCUUAAUGGACAGGACCCAGAACUGUACAGGUGGCAGCUUGCCCCCACCCAAAAUUGGCCACCUUAACUCCAAGCUCUUCCUGAAUGAGAUUGCCAAGAAGGAGAAGCAGCUCAGGAAGUUGCUGGAAGGUCCUCUGAGCACUCCCGUCCCCUUCCUGCAGAGCAUCCCCAUGUACCCCUGCACCAUCAGCAACUCCGGCGCAGAGAAGCGCAAGCACUCCACCGCCUUUCCCGAGGGCAGCUUCCUUGAGCCAUCGUCUGGGACUGUGGCGAGCCAGUACAUGAGCCAGGGCGCUUCAGCUGGCGAGGGGCAGUCCGCACAAGCCAUGGUGCCUUGUAGCUCCACACAGCACAUAGUUGGACUUCCCAGCGGCCCGCAGCCAGUGCACUCGGGCUCCGUCUUCAACCCAUCUCACUACCCCAACACCACCUCAUCUCAGCAGUCCGUGCUCUCCCAGUAUGGUGGGCGGAAAAUCCUCGUCUGCUCCGUGGAUAACUGUUACUGUUCCUCUGUGUCCAACCACAGCGGGCACCAGCCCUACCCAAGGUCAGGGCACUUUCCCUGGACGGUCUCCUCGCAGGAGUACUCCCACCCGCUGCCGCCCGCCCCCGCCGUCCCCCAGUCACUCCCGGGACUUGCCGUGAGAGAAUGGAUUGACGCAUCCCAGCAGCACGGGCGGCAGGAUUUCUAUAGGGUCUACGGCCAACCAUCGGCGAAACACUACGUCACCAGUUAACCAUCACACUCUCCAGAGAGUCCUGCUUGAUGAUGCGUUCAGAGAGAAAAGUCUGGUUUUGUUCAGCUUUUCUAUUUUAAUUUUUUUUCCCCUUUUAAAUCAAACCCAUUUUUUUUCCUUGCCUCACGGCCCUCCAGGAUUUUGGGGAGGGUUGUUCUCUCAUCUCUCUCUCUUUUUUUUUUUUUUAAAUCCUUCUAAAAUGAAAUAAUUUUUUUCCUUUUAAUUCCUUUUUUAAUUUAAUUUGGGAAAGUUCUUCCUGCCCCUCACUGACAAAAGUCAAGGGACAAAGUACUGAGAAGAAAUUGAUGGGGAUUUCGGUCGGGUGUCUGGGUCUGUGUGUCACGCUCUUCCUCACUCCUCUCUGCCUUUGGAAAACUUCAGAAGGGACAAUGGCACCUCCUCUCUUUCCAUUUCUCUGAGUUCAUUUUUUCUGGUUUGAUUCAGUUUUUCCCCUCUCCCCACUCCUCUCUUUGCCUUUUUAAAAAGAAAAAAAGAAAAAAAGCUAUCAUUGAUUCAGUAUGAAAUGAUACUUGUAGAUUUUGGGUUUGUUACGAUUUUUUUUUUAAGGCUGAUUUUUUUUUUGUGUUAUGAGGCCACUUCUCAUGCAUAUUGGCAUUUUUUUUCCUUCUUUCAGAGAUUUGUAAAUACACAAUGGCAGGAAAUAUAAUGCACAAAAAAAAAGGGAAAAGAAACUUUAAAAACACCAACAAAAAAAACCCAACAAAAAACCCAACAAAAAAUCCAACACACAAAAAAAAAAAAAAACAAAGAACAGAACCACAAAUAAAUAAAUAAAUAAAAUCUGUUCUAGUUUUCAGGAGGGGAAGUGUGGCUGAAAUGCACCCCCCGCCUGCAUAUCGCUGAUGCAACUUCCUGUAACAAGCACUUUGUAUAAAAAAAAAAGUGGACUUCCUGCUAUAA